UUUCAUUUGGUUCACGAGGGAAAGAUAGAAUAAUUGUUAACUUACAGUAACUGAGAGCAGAGUGCUAUAUUUUAUGGAUGUAGUUUGAGUAACGGCUGGUAAUUCUAUGACAUUUGUCUCGCAGCGACAAUUGUUCCUCGUCUAAAGCUAUUGUCAGGUGGUUAAAUUUACAGAAGAACAUGUCAAAAGAAUAUCUAUGGGUGGGAAAGUUAGACAAGAACACAAAAGUGGUAGUCUUCAAUCCAUUGGAAGAAGGAGAAACAGAUGCAAUCAUUAGUCAUAGUCUACUUGUGAAAAAGGUUCUGUUAGGUCCAUGCAAAGAUUCUCAAGAAUUAAAUGUCAUAGAAAUAGAAACAGAAGGUUACCUUGAUGAUGAAAUUAAAACCACACUUUGUUGUCUUCAGGCAACCAAUGAUAAGAAGUUUGAUCAGUGCUCAAUUGACCUUUUAGUAACACACAAUGAAGCCAAAUUCAGUUUAGUAGAAGGGUCAGGUCCUGUAACUAUAUUUGGUCAGCAUUUAGCAGAAUAUCUUGAAGAUGAAAUUAUAAGUGAAGAUGGAGAUGAAGAAGCAGAGGAAGAAGAAGUAUCACCUGAAUUAACAGGCAAAAAAAGAAAGGAAAAAAAGCUAUUGGAUUACCAAAAAAGAUUGCAAAAAUGGAAGUUUCUCAUGAAGAAGAAGACAAUGAAGAGGAAGAUGAGGAUGAGGAAGUGGAAAUAACACCUGAAAAAUU